AUGCGGACAUUGUGUGCAAUAGCCUUUCAACCUCACAAACCGAUCGAAUCUGAAUCGCACGCGUUGGGAAGGGUCAAGCGGGUCAUGUACAGCUGCUUCGGCGCGCCAGAGGACAGGAACAAAAAGAAGUACCGCGGCGGGGGGCGCCAACGCGAAUGCAUGCAGAUCGACCUAUGCCAAGGGAGACGGCAACGAAUGACCAGGUGA